AUGCUUUUCUUCAGCUUCUUCAAGACCCUUACCAACCAGACUGUCACUAUCGAGCUUAAAAAUGACAUCCGCAUCCGUGGAAUCCUCAAGUCGGUCGACCAGUACCUGAACAUCAAGUUGGACGACGUGGAGGUGUUGGAUCUGGACAAGUACCCCCACCUGUCAUCGGUGAAGAACAUGUUCAUCCGAGGUAGUGUGGUGCGAUAUGUGAUGUUGCCACGGUCGGAGGUUGACGUGGGAUUGUUGGAGGAUGCCACACGGCGGGAGGCUGCCAACCAGGUGGGCAAGGCUCGGUAA